CAGACCAAAAAAGAAAAAGAAAAACCAUAUAUAAUCAAUCAAUUAAUUACAAAUGUUAUUCGAGUCAGUAAGUUCCAUGCGCGCUCCCAACAAAAAAGACAGACUGCGUCUUACUUGCAGCUUUCCUUUAAGCCACCAGAUUUUUUCUUUGUUGGAAAAGUAAUACGCCAUUGGAUUCUACGACGUGGCUCAGCGUUUAUCAAUCGAUCAGGGCUUUCACAUACACCCACCCCCAAAACCAUGCCUUGCUCUCGCUCUCUCCGCAUCAUGGUUCCGGCAGUUUUCUCAGGAAAAUGGCUUGGAAAAUCUGCUGGAAAACUCAUGUCAGUCGUUAGUUUCGUUGUUUUCCUCAUACUUGAUUUUAUUGACACUCUUUUAUGCAUAAUGUUUGGGAUUCUUGAUGACUACUUUGAAGGACAGGCCUCCCCAUGCUAUUGUGGAAAGAGGAUCAGGAGAGAACUGAUUCAUGAUGGAGAAGGUGAAAUGUCAGAGACUUUGUAUACGAGGAAAAACGUUUUCAGGGAAAUGGGGUUUCCUGGAUUCGCAACAAAACGGAAAGAUUCCAUUAAUAGAAGCGGUGGUGGAGUGGUGGUCAAUAGGUGGUCUGACUGUGGGUGUGAAUCUUGUGUUUCUUGGAUGAACAAUGGUGAUGAGAAACUUCAUGUUAUAGUGAGGGAGCCUUCAAAAGUUUUAUGUUUAACAGCAAUCAUUGAAGAUUGUAGGGCAAAGGCUGGUGAGAACGUGAUAUUCUUGCAUGGGUUCCUUUCUUCCUCCUCAUUUUGGACAGAAACAGUGUUUCCAAAUCUUUCUGAAACCAUUUACCACAAUUAUAGGUUGUUUGCUGUUGACCUCUUGGGAUUUGGAAGAAGCCCAAAGCCAAGGGACUGUUCAUACACUUUGAAUAAUCAUGUGGAAAUGAUCGAAAAAUCUGUGAUCAGUCCAUUUCAGUUGGAUUCUUUUCAUUUAGUUGCACACUCCAUGGGUUGUAUAAUUGCUCUAGCCUUGGCUGCCAAGUACUCAAACUCUGUGAAAUCAAUCAUCCUCGUAGCACCUCCUUACUUUGGCUCUUCUAAAGAUGGAGGAAGUUUAAUUGUGCUCAAUAAAGUUGCUGGGAGGAGAUUGUGGCCGCCAUUUUUGUUUGGUUCAUCAGUUAUGUCAUGGUAUGAGCACUUGGGUCGAUGUGUAUGUUAUCUGUUUUGCCGAAACCACAGGACAUGGGAGAAAAUGCUAAAGCUAGUUACUUGGAAAAGGGAUCUCCACUUCAUGAUUAGGGAUUUGAGUAGACACACCCAUCAUUCAGCUUGGCAUACCAUGCAUAAUGUGAUAUGUGGUGCAGCGAAAGUAGUGGAGGGGUGUCUCACCGUUUUGGUGGAGGCCGGCGUGAAAAUGUGUGUUGUUCAUGGUGAUAGGGACCAGGUUGUCCCUGUGGAGUGCUCCGACAACAUCAAGAUGAAAGCUCCAGAGGCAGAGCUUAAUAUCAUUAAAAAUGCUGGCCAUGGCAAUGUCAUCCAUGGUAGAGAGAAGGAAUUCGCUGCAUCUCUGGAGCAUACAUGGGCGGGCGUCUCUUGCUGAUAUUGCUACAAAAAUGGUAGUACAUGAAAGUUUGUUGUUGGUAAGAAGAUGAAAUUAAUUUGUACGAAGAAAGAAAUUCGAUCAGGUUUCUUUACAUAAGUGAGAAAUGAGAAUAUUACUCUGCAACUGAUCUUUUGAUGGUAUGGUAAAAAUAUCAACGACAAGUGAGUAAAUU